AUGAAGAAAGAAAAUUUCCUAGCCCUUGUUGGAUGUCAGGUUGCUGUCGUAGCUGUUGUCUUGGCAGUCUCGUUCAUUGUUAAAUGCUUCCUCCAGAAUGUGGUACCCUGGAAGUUAAAAUCACGGACGCCAACAGAGUUAUUCAGUAUGAUGUCAUCGUUUCCUUGGCUAGCAAUACUAUACACAGGCAUAAUCACAACAACAUUUUGUUUAUGGGCAGAGAUUGUUGCUAUGCGUGAUGUAUCAGCUACAGAAACUGCAAUAAUUUAUGGUCUGGAACCAGUAUGGGGUGCUACUUUUGCAUGGGCAAUUCAUGGUGAGAGAUGGGACAUUACUGGACUUAUUGGAGCUGUCUUCAUCCUAGCCGGUAGCUUGUGGUUCAGGUACUGGGGUCAUUUCUUGAUAUUGAUGUAUCAGAGGACAGUUACCAGAUGAAUAGCUGAUUCACAAAUCGCAAAAAUACGAGGAUUUCAUAUGAUAACAUAUGAUCAGUACUGCGACGUAAUACGCCAAGUAGCUAGCAUGACACUGCAACAAGAUCUAACUACAAUUAUGGCCAGUUGCACAUGGAAUGGAAAGCUCACUAGGCUGACAACAAUAGGGGUGGCUCACCAGUGGCCUGGGCAACUGAUGAAAACAAACUGUGGUGCGUGGUGACGUGGAGAACACAGCUACAGAAAAUGGGGUUGUGUAUAACUCGACUAAACGCCUAGGAUAGUCUGAUUUCGUAUCAAAAACAUUCUAAAUACUGUUUUCUCUCAAUGUAAAUCAAUCCACAUGAUGUAGUAUGUAUAAUAGAUUAGUUCAUGCUGAUUCUGCAUCAACCUUUAUUUUAA